UGUAGCUGUGCUUCAGGAGCUCUUGCUCCCUCUGCCUCCAUUUUGUGCCAGAACAGUGCUGUGCGGCAACUAAAGUACACAGACCGAAUGUUGUUUUGCUUGUAGUUGGGAUCUAAAGCAAUGUUAAAAUUGCUAUAAAAUUGCGCUGGGAUUUUUUUAAUAAACCGAAAGCGGUGUCUCUUGCGCCCUUUUUGGAAUUCUAGCGCUGGAUAUCGGCCACCAGUGAAGGAAACUCGCUAGCAUCAGCUCCGAGUGAGACGGGAAAAAUGGAGGAGCAGUUCAUUGGAGAAGAUCCGACUAUGAAGAUGGACGAAGACGGAGAGGCGAGUGUGGAGGGACAGAUACAGGCGGUCAGUGAUGGAGGCCCGGGAGAAAGCGAGGGGUCGAAGAUUGAUGCGAGUAAAAACGAGGAAGAUGAAGGGAAAAUGUUUGUUGGAGGCUUGAGCUGGGACACAACGAAGAAGGACCUAAAAGAUUACUUCGCCAAGUUUGGGGAGGUUGUAGACUGCACUUUAAAGCUGGAUCCUAUGACUGGUCGAUCCAGAGGCUUUGGCUUCGUACUGUUUAAAGAUGCUGAAAGUGUGGAAAAGGUUAUUCAACAAAAAGAACACAAACUUAAUGGAAAAGUGAUCGACCCAAAAAAAGCAAAAGCCAUGAAAUCCAAGGAACCUGUGAAGAAGAUCUUUGUUGGUGGCAUUUCACCAGACACUCCUGAAGAGAAGAUCAGAGAGUACUUUCAUGCCUUUGGAGAGGUGGAGUCUAUUGAGUUGCCAAUGGAAAACAAAACAAAUAAAAGGCGAGGAUUCUGUUUCAUCACCUUCAAAGAGGAGGAACCAGUGAAGAAAAUCAUGGAAAAGAAGUACCAUAACAUUGGCCUGAGCAAGUGUGAAGUCAAAGUGGCCAUGUCAAAGGAGCAGUACCAGCAGCAGCAGUGGGGUGGAAGAGGUGGCUUCUCCUCUCGGGGUCGUGGGAGAGGAGGGCCUAAUCAAAAUUGGAACCAGGGGUACGGAAACUACUGGAAUCAAGGAUAUGGAAAUUACGGAAACUAUGGCUACAACAAUCAAGGCUAUGGUGGAUACGGGGGCUAUGAUUACUCGGGUUACAACUACUACGGAUAUGGUGACUACAGCAACCAGCAGAGUGGUUACGGCAAAUCUCCAAGGCGAGGUGGCCAUCAAAACAGUUACAAGCCAUACUAGCAUACUACAAGCAUAAACUCCAAAACAUACAUACAGGUAUGCAGUUGCAUUACUUAACCCAAGCCAUCCUUAGCCAUUAACUUAUGGUACAUUAACCAUCAUAUGUAAUGUAUUUUGCUUAAUUUUUGUUUUUCUUUAAAGUUUUUCACAGCACCCUGGAGUGCUUUACUGUAGUGGUUAACAUAGAGACUUCAGUCUUUUGGCAAUAAUGUAACAGCUGGCUUUUGGCUGUUUCUUGCCUUUUUGUAACAGUAAAAAAGUUAACAGGUACAGUACUGCUAAAUGGGUACGAGAAAAUAAGGAUUUGCAACGAAAACACACAAAAGAAGAAUGUUGUCUCCUAACUCUGACCUUGUUUGUACCUGCCAGCGGGGACUUCCUUGCAGGCCAUGAGCUGACUUCCCGAUUCUCUCAGGCCCGCUCAAUGCGGACAGGGUACGAGAGGCGUACGCUCUCGAAUGCUCCCAUUUGGUAUGGUCUUCCAACAUCCUGUAUAUGAAUUGUCAAAAAAAAAAAAAAAAAAAACCCCAGAAAACACAUAACGGAUACACCAAGCUUUUAUCCUUGCCUUUUUACAUUCUGUUUAAAAUUCAUGGCAUUUGUUUUAUGUAAUACGAUAUAUUUCUGUAAUUUCGUAAUGUCAUUUUUUACAGGUAAUGGUUAAAUACGACAACACUGAAAAAAUAACUGUUUACUUUUCAAAGGAUACAGCCUUCUCUGGAUUUUCCAGUGUUAAUAUAUGCAUUUUUAAUCUUACCUGUAAUGCUUGCUUUUCUUUAUUUAUAGCUCGUGUAGCAGUAAUAGCCAGUAGUCCAUGAGCUAAAACCUGGUUUGUACUUGGACACCACUACGUUGGAGAAUUGCUUAAUUUUCAUAUUUGUAUUGUGUGUUUUAAUGACAGCGGUGGAAGAAGUUCGUUAAUUUCAUCUAACAAAUUCUCUUUUUUAAUCUUUUCAAACCUGAGAAAUUUGCAUGAAAUGUUAUUAUUGUGAAUUUUCAAAUAAUUAAAGGCUUCAUAUUUGUGUCGGCUUACAUUAAACCUAAGUAAUAAAUUUAUUUUGGGAUUUUUAUAUUAUGGAAUUUUUAAUAAGUAUUUCUAGAUUAUUGCAUUUUAGUAUGAAUUAAGUAGUUUUCUUCUUUUUUUUGAGAAACAAGAUGUCUUUCUCUCUUAGUUUAUGAAAUUAAUUAAUAUUUUUUAUUUUCUGUCUUUCAGGUGGAGAUAUUUUGGAAGGUAACAUCUGAAGCAAACAUCUUUGAGUCAUGGCAGAUGUUUAUUAAGAAGUGUUAAUGACAAAAAAAAAAAAAAAAAAAUCUUCACUUUAACUCCAGCUACUGGCCAUGUACAGUACGCUAUGUCUUUAUGAGCUGCCUGAUGAAGGUGGAUAUUCUGAUCACACAUUUAACUUGCCCUCAGUAUAACACACUUUCUCCAGUCAAAAUAAUUUCUUGUUUUGUGUUAAUAUGCUAGUUUAUGUUAGUAGAGUUUGUUAGUCCGUUAUUUGCAAACAUUGUGCUCCUAGGUCAUUCGUUCAUUUCUAAAAUUCAGUAGUAUUUAUUAGUUAAAAUUGAUGAGUAGAAGUGCCAGUAAGUUUAUAUCUAUAUUUUUUUUUAGGCGUAGGAGUGUUUUGCUACAAAAUCAUUUAAAUCAUUUAGUGAUACUAUGAAUGAAAUAAAAUGUAUCAAUUCUGAAUUCAA